CGAUUCGCUCUCCUCAUGAUUGUUUUGUUUCUUGAUGUUUGUAAUGUAACACCAACAGCAGCAGCAGCAGCUGAAGCUGCAGACAAUGGUGGUGUAGAUGAAGCGGCUGGAAAAGCUGCCCGGCCAGUCACCGGCACAGCCUACUUCACUCGCAAUGGAGAGAGGUUCGGGAAGGAAGUUCCCGGCGUGCUCGGUGGUGGACAAUACCCGUUCCUUAGCUUGCACGGAGACCACAUACUGGCACACGUAAACUUUGGCCAGGAGCCGUUCGCGUACGCGGAGGGGCACGCGGCACAGGAGGCCGCGCACACCAUUUCCUCUUACGCGUCCGCCAUGGAUGACAUCAUGACGUUGAUGCGAGAGCUGCCGUUCUUCGGCGUCUGCUUGCCUCGUCCGUUCAACACCUGCAACCUUGACAACGAUGCGGGCGACGGCGAUGAUGAUGAUGAUUUGGAGAGUGAGGACGUCAGUCUGCACCAAUCGCGGAGGAGCUCUGCUUCCUCGUUCUACACGCCGCUCAGUCGCAAGUCUCCCGCCGACGCCGCUACAACACCACCCGUGCUGGCUGCGGCGUCCGCUUCCAGCUCAGUGGAUGGUGGAGCGGCGAGCUCGGCCACUGCUGAUGUUUCCAUGACGACAACGGUGGGCACGGAUUUCCUGCUGCCGCCCGCGUGGGGAGCCGACAAUGCCGCCGCUUCGGCGUACUCUGACGCUGUUGAUGCCAUGGCGACCGCGGAGGAGAAACCCGACGUCCCUGCGAGCAUCGACGGUGCCGAUUCCGCGGCUGCUGACGGUGGUAGCGUGACAGCGGCGGACGACCGCGUGCGCUAUCGUCCGCUAUCGCCCGGCGACCCCUGUCUCCAGGGUGUGGGCCCUAACAUGCUGCACACCGGUCACAGCAUGUCAGCCAGUGCUCUGCUCGGUCACGCGCACCUCGCCAAGGACGAUCACCAGGAGAGGAAGGAGCGCGAGGCGGCGAGCUCUGACCAAGCCGAACGAGACCAUCGCAAUGGUGGUAGUCCCGAUGUCGAAGCAGCUCAGUCAACUGAUCCUAACACACUGCUACUUACAGCCUGGGAAAAGAAAGUCUUUCCCAUCAUCCGCUCCAGAUUCCGCAACAACGAUGAACGCACACAAGGCCUCGGCCAAAUCCGCGGUGCUCUCAGCAUGGGUCUAUUUGACAUUGCACAAUCCACCGUGGAGUUUCUGUACGAGGAAGGAGGUGGAAUGCCACCGAAUCUCCAAUUCCCCACACUAGAGUCGGUCAAAGCCGAGUUGAACAAGUUUGACAUAAACCGCGUGCGCAAGGGAAGCUCCGUGCUGAUUGGCCCGGAGGAUUAUGACGACGGCAUGGCCGAUGGCGGUGAUGAUGGGGCGAGUGGUGGGAACAACAGUGCUGGCCCGGCUCCUGGUACGGCGGAGCAUGCCGCUCUGUGGGCUAAUGUGGCGCCAACUACAGUAGCCAACCCUGCUGCUGUUGCUGCCGGCAACGCCCCCGCUAGCGCCGACACGAUGGCUGGUGCAAAGCGUGGCGGCAGGCUGCCAGGGUUUGCCGUUCCCGCCAUGGUCAACACCAUCGGGCUGAUCGGCAUCGUCACCAAUAUCGAUAAGGCCAAUCAACUGAUCGAACUUGAGGUGUACAUUCGCGAGGAGGGUGUCAUCGCUAGCUUCUGGUACCCGGCAUCGUUCCUGCGCCGUGCUCCUACCGAACAGUCAGGAGACAGUGCCAUGACUAGUCCAGGGGACAUGACCAUUAACGUGCACAGGGAGUUGGUGAAAUGCGAGCACUCGCUCAGCGCUCUCUACUGCCGUUGGAUUAUGCUGGUGCUUACCGCGCAGCGUAUCCGCCGCGAGUGCAAACUGUCCCUGCUGCCACAGGAGGCCUUCGAGCCCUUCCUAGCCGGCAUGCCGCACUUGCCGGGCUGCAUCAUCUCGCAGGCUCUCAUGACGACGCUGGACACUGCGGCCCAGCCCGGUGCGACGGACACUGCCAAGCGCCUGCUGACCGAGUUUGUCUGGCUGGUCGGCAAGAGCACCACGGAGCACGCGUCCGCCGACUGCGUGCGUCCGCUGAUCAACAUCACUGAGGUCGGUUCGGGCUCCUGGCCUCUGCGCGGUCUCGAAACCCUCCUGCCCGAUCGGCUGGCUCCGGACUGUGAGGCACUCAAACAGUGUAUAUGGACCACCUUUGCAGACCCGCAGUUUGCCGUUAGUCUGCAGGAGCAGCUACUGCAGCAGGCGCUGCAGUCCAUGGACCUCACCGGGACCACCACGGUCCUCAAGAAGAAUCCGGCAGCGGAGGGGAGCCUGCCGAGCCAGCUAGACUGGACGGGGCCCAAGGGCACCGUCGCGCUCGUCGUCUCUUGUCAUGAGAAAGAGAGUGUCGACGUCGGAGUAAAGCCACCCGGCGAUAAGAAGAAGGACAAGCGACCACUGUUUGCGCGCGUCUUCGCCGAAGACUCUCGCCUGGGCCUGCGCACGGACGGUCGGCCGCAGUUUCGCGAGGUCGUGCGCUAUCCCAACGUGAUGGACACGCCAUCGUCGUCCGCGGGAUCCGAUCACGGCGGUGAAGGUGGUGGUGGUAGUCACGUCAGAGGCGCACGCAACAGUAGCAGUCGCUUAGGUCGCGGUGGUGGUCGCGGUGGUGGUCGUGGUGGUCGCCGUAGUGAUUUUGGCGGUGGCGGCGCAGGUUCCGCCCCGUUCUGCGGCGAGCCGUAUCCCACCGUACUCGUACCCGGUCGAGGCGUGCACGUGCGCUACGAGGCAAUGGCCGCCGAGAGCGACCUGGAGCUGUGCAUCGAGCCAGUGCCGCUGCCGCUCGUGCUGGUGCUGGCGUUCAACGACUGUAUGAUACAGUACCAACAGGAUCUGUGUGACGCUGGCGAGGUGCCCGACCCCGACACGGCCGCCGGUCUCACUCGCAUGUUCAUGCGCGGCAUGGAGGGCCUGGUGCGGCUGCUCCUGCGCACCACCUACCCGCCGUCGGUGCGCGAAUGCCUGCUGACGCAGCUCAGCUUCCUUCUCAUCGUAGCCGCCAUGGAGCCAGGCCAGCAGAGCCGCAGCCACCACGGCCUGCAGGACGGAGACAACCCGGUGAAGAUCCUUGCCCUGCUGGACCCGCUGCUCGUGCACGUCCUUCCUGAGCUCGAGGUGUUUGACCGCUUCUUCAGCCUGCACCGUCUGAAGGACUGGUACAGGCCCGCGGAGCUCGGCCAGGUGGAGUGGCGCCUCCCUGCGUACGCCCGCGUCCUCAUCGAGCUGGUCAGCACGUUCCUGAUCGUGCUGGAGGCGUUUGCCCUGCCCAGCACGGCCGUGGAGCGCGCCAUGCCCAAGUCCAAGCAGCUCAUCUUCCCCCCGCAGCCGCUGCCUGGCCAGGGUGAGUCUGAGCCGGGUGCUGGGAAAGUUGUCAGCUCGGUGGAUGUGUCAGCGGACAUGACCCCGUGCUCGGCAUUCCCAUGGUUAGUCAGUAUGUCCAACGUAUUAAGCACGCUGGAGCUGCCACCACCCUCCUCCUCCUGUACUGCUGAGCCAUCGCCGUCAAGGAGAGUCACCACCGGGCAAGCGACGUCCACUGGCACGACGCCAACGACAACGACGACAUCACCGCGCGAGCGAAUCGCAUCGCCACGGUCACCCGGUGUGCGAGCGACGUCGUCACCGUCCGGCUCGCCACGACACAGCAACCUGCAGUCGGGUUGCCGGGGACAACGGUCGCUACCCGCAUCGCCACGGUCGCCGUCGUCUCGCCAGUCUCCCAAGCGUCACCAGGACGACGAGUCAGAGUGCGGCAUGCAACGUGAGGACAUGGCACCGCGGUACCUGCUGGUUGCCGGCAUACCGCCGUCAUUCUCCGUGGGUCAUGUGACCUCCAUCCUGCGCAACGCCGCCAGGCUCUACGGUGGAGUGCGGUCGCUGUGCGUGCCCAGCGAGGCCGACGCAGCACGCUUUGCCGCACCACCGCCGUCUCAAUCGCAGGGACCCUUCGGCAGCAAGAAGAGAACGACGACAGGGGGUGUGUCGACCCCGGUGGAUGCCGCUCCGGAGCUGGCCCCCUCGUGCGGGUUCGUCAUCGUCGAGCUGCGAAUCCUGGCGAUGCGCGACGCCCUUCUCCAGUCCGUUCAGAGCGCUCUGCGCGCUGCCAUUUGCACGUCGGCUGCUGCUGCCGCUGCCGGUGGUGGAGACAAAUCUGAGAAGGCGAUAAUGGCGUCGUUCCUGACCAGCAAUCUGACGCUCGAGAAGUCAUCACCGGCCUUGGAGCAGGCACUCAAGUAUCAUCUCCUGUCCUCGCUGCUCGAUGACCGCAGUAAGCUGUCCGACCAGGCCAGCGCAAUCUUCGUCAGCAUGUUCCGCACGGUGGCAACGGAUGAAGCAAGACUCUCGUCGUCCUCCACCUCAAUAUCUACCAGCAGCAGCAUCGGUAAGGCACCAUCCACCAUUAGUCCGCUAACUUCCAUCACGCCACUCGCACCGCCGACCGGUCAAGCUCUCACCGUGUCGCGCAAGUACCUCGGCGUCUCGCCCGGCAGCGACAUGGCGCGGUACGUGCUCCGCUGUCGAGACAACGGUAACCUCGACGACGCGCUGCAGAGCCUGUACCGAGAGCACGGUGUGUCCCCUGACGCUGCCACUACUGGCGGUGGAGGUGGUGGUGGCAGCGUAGGCGGGCGACUAUCGGCCAAUCGCAAGAAGAAGGCCUUGCAGAAGACGGUUCUGACGGAGCGUGCCUUCCUCAACUUUGUGAUCGCAACGGCACUGAAGCAGAACCCAGUGCUGGUGUGGCGGGGAAUGCUGACGAUUGGGUACAACUUCAAACUGGAAUGUCUGUACCGGGCCACGACACCGAGGAUGGAGUUGGACCCGAGUAUGGAGCAGGAGAGUGCCAUUGUUCGCUUUGCCAACAACCUUGCUCUGGACUGUGGGGUACCAGCCAAACAGUUGCACUGUCAAGACUUCUACCUCUCACAAGCUGAGCAGUCUAGCGAUGAUUACGCUGCCAUCACUGACAUGAGCCGCCGGGAGCUGAUGCUGCAGGCGUACGCCCUGCUCCGCUUCAACGAGUCGUUUGCGCCGUUCUUCUCCGUCAUUGACAUGCGCAACGACGAGAGGAACAGCUUCUCCCUGGGUGCCACGGUGUGCGCCGGCCGACAUCAGCUUUUCUACUCAACCAAGACGGAGUUCCUGAACGAGGUCCUCAACGUCUCCGUGAUCAUGGACCGACAGCAGCUAGAGGAUAGCAUACAGCCGGAGAUACUCAUUGAUCCGCUGGACAAAGUCGGAGGUCGCCAGCCCACGCCCCAGUUUGUGCAGGCCGCACAGCAGCUGGCCAGCGUCCCCUCCAGCCACUACCAGGUACCCAUAGCACGCGGUGGAGAUCCCAAGUACUGCUUCCGCGUUCGAUUCACCGGCGAUGACGUUCUGGGCACAUCCGGAUCGUUCCGUCACUUUCUGUGGACGGUCGCCGAUGAACUCCGCUCAUCGGACGUGCCUCUGUUCGUCGAGUGCCGGAGUGCAGCUUCUGGAAAGAACAAGGGUAAGUACACGCUCCGGCCUGAAGCGUUUGGCUACACAGGGGAACGCCUUCUUCAGUUCUUUGGACAGCUUGUCGGUGUGGUGAUGCGUGCCGACCUACCCCUACCGCUGGACCUGCUGCCAUCCUUCUGGAAGUCGUUCCUGGGAAUACCUCUGGACAGUUCGGACCUGAAGGAAAGCGACAUUGUCACGCACCAAUUCUUGACGAACAUCCGCGAGGCCAAGGACGAGAAGGCAUUCCGCAUAGUGCUAAACCCCGAUGCCGCCGAUGACGAUUUCUCCUUGGCGACGGCGGCGCACGGCGCGGCGGACUUUGACUACCCGCCGACCGCGGGCGCAGCGGCGGAGUUUGACACUGGCUGCGAUGGCGGUGGUGCCGGUGGCAAUGGUGCCAGUGCUGCGGCGGCAAUGUGGAACGACAACGGGAACACUGCUCUUGUGUCCAGCUCAGCAAUGUCCGCAGCAGCUUCGGCAAUACCCGCAGCGGCAUCAGCAGCCGCCGCAGCAGCAGUAGCAGCAGCAGUAACUACGGAGGGAGCAUCAGCAGCAGCAGCAGCGUGUACUGGUUACUGUGCAGCAGCAGCAGCCAGUACUGAGUUAUCGUCCACUGGCAGCGUUGCCGCCGCUGCUGCCUGUGCGGACCCUCCUGCAGCAAUCACCGUAGCAACGCUCCCUUCUAAUGCCGCCGCAGACGCUGAGGUUUGCGUUGCAGCAAGCCAGAAUGACGCGUCACUGACACCAAAACCCGGUCCUGGACAUCCUACUACGCAUGUUGGCAAUGACGCCGGUGAUCUAGGUGAAGACUGCGGAGGUUUGGACGGCGUUGAUGGUGAGGCAGACACUGAAGUCCAUUACAACGCUCUGGGUCUGCCUUUCAUGUUCACGUACACAUCAAUGUCAGGGCACAAGUUUGAUUUGUGCCCAGACGGAUCCCAACUACCACUCAAGUUUUCCAAUCGUCUGGAGUACGUCCGGCUAGUGGAGUCGGCCCGCCUAUCUGAGCUAGAGGCCGAGACUCACAUGGCACACAUUCUGGCUGGCUUUGCGUCCGUCGUGCCCGUAGAAGUGCUGUCCGUCAUGACACCAGACGACCUGCAGCUGAGGAUCUGCGGACGCGUUGCCAUCAGCCUCGAGUUCCUCAAGAACCAUACGGUCUACCAGACAGGAAUCGACGAGACCAACCCACACAUCACGCUCUUCUGGCAGGCCCUGGAGUCGUUCUCUCAGGACGAGCUGUCUCGCUUCAUCAAGUUUGCUUGCAACCAGGAACGAUUGCCUGUGACCUGCCCUUGUCAGUCUAACCCGGACAAUUCUCAUGUUCCACCGUACCCCAUGAAGAUUGGACCAGCGGAUGCUACUAGUAACGUGGAGCCAGACAAGCGAUUCAUCCGCGCCGAGACCUGUAUGUUCCUCGUCAAGCUUCCGCUCUACUCCUCCUUGGAGGUGAUGCGAGAGAAAAUCCUCCACGCCAUUCAUUGCCGUGACGAUCCUCUGUCUAUGUGAGAGCUAGUACUGAGCCCAGGUCAGAUGAUGUGUGCCUCACAUUGCUGCCAUGCUCCUGCCAUGUGCCACUCUCUGGUGUUUAGGGGAGUAUUGACCCCAGGUCGGGGUCGUUGUGCCUCACAUCACCAUCUUGUUCAAGCUCCUGGCCACUCUCCGGCGUUGACGGGUAUUGACCCCCCAGUCGGGGAUGUUGUGCCUCAUAUCGCUACCAUGCUCCAGCUCUUUGCCCUUGUCCGCGGUUUCAAUCAGGACGCAAUCAUAUGCAUGCUUUACACUGUACACUCCCUGUUGAGCGAACCACAGAACUUCAAAUCGGAGAGGAAGCCGGAAUGGAUACUGACAACGCCUAUGUACAAACAAAUAUUAUGAUGUCCGCUGUCUACUUCCCAACAAACCUAUCGUACAUGUUUUAUGCCGACAAAGAUCUUGAUCAACAUAAUUAUUGUGCUAGAAACAAUACGCAAUACGCAUGUAGCAUGUACAUGCUCCAUUAUUAGUGGUCAUCUAGCCGCUGCGAGAGCUGCCAGGCCACCGGCUCCUUCAUGAUGAUACUGGUGCCGACUCACAACAACCACGAAGUCGCUGUGGUGUGGUGCGGCAAAUCGGGCAUUCUGCUCGCAUGCCCCCCCCCCCCCCAGCGGAGCAGAACUAUUCGGUGUCACCGCCUGCAUGUGUGUGUAUGGCCGGUCACCUGGCACGGAAGCCAUGAAGGCCGUCAAGGCGCCGUUGACUGGCGCAGAGCCCACGCCGUUCACUACGGCAACUGCCAAUGCCGUUCUGACGGAAAACCUGACUCGACACAGCUCCCAGACGCACAAUGCAUGUGUGCCCAAAGCAACGGCAUGAGGCAACAGCGGUGUCACAAGCACGUUCAUUGCUAACAACCGGCGGUCCUCUUUCGCCAAGCCCGUACUGCGGCAUUCGAACUCUGCAGUAGUCUAUCUUACUCUGUCUCUCUAGCUCUCCGAUAGCUCACUCCUACUCCCUAUCCCAUCCCUGCAUAUUUACAUACAUCUAUUCUCUUCGCAAUAAUAGUUAUUAUAAUUAUUACUUUGCCUGAUGAGAUUUUCUAUCGCCUUUUUUCCCCAGAGAAUCGAUCGACUAAUCUAUUUUUUAAGCGUCCCUGGUAUUGCCUCUGCCGUCUCGGCGGACGCUGACGUGACCCAACUGAACCAUGCACGUGCUAAAUACUUUCUGUCGCACGUUUUUUUUAUUUUACUUUGUGUUGGCGACGACCGCUGGACGCGAACAGCUGCGACCUACUGCAUGCCGAUGGCGUACUGCUGUUGUGUGAUGUCAUGUGACGUCAUUGUGUUAUGAGUAAUUUAUGACGUCAUAACUAUUGUGUCAUGUUAUAAUAUAUGUCCAUGUACUUGCGUGAUGUCAUGUGUGAUCCUUUUUUUACCCCUACUGUAUUGUAUUUUCUCUUUUCUGCAAGACAUGCUGUACAUUUUUAGACACUAUACAUAGCAGAUCAUGUAACCGCUAGACGAUUUCGGACUGUCCUUACUCUUGCGGCGCGCGCACCUCUCUAGGCUAGACUGCUCACUAGUGGUUGCCAUGGCUACUUGGGUUUGCUGAGAUCAGGGAGUAGUAGAAUACCGGUAUAUUACUACUCCCUGGUUGAGACCCAUAACCUCCGGUGGCGGUGGGUCAGUUGUGGGUGCUCCAUGGCUGCUCGUUGUGUAUCUGAACUUGUGUUGCACAUAUGUUCAUCCUUCGCCAUUUCAAGUAUCUAUUUUUCUUAUUCCUUCCUCUAUUUUCAUGUACAUAUACAUGUACAUUGUAUUGUCGGCACGAAGGAGUGGAACGAAAUCAUCCAUUGCACAUGAUAUCUAUGUUGUUCUUGUUUUUGUUUCUGUACGCUGUAAUCUGUACUCCGACGAUGGUCCGUAGCCAA